GUUGACACUGGACGACAGACCCACGCUUCGUUAACAAACUUCACUGACCCGGAAACACUUGUUGUGUUUAUUGAACAGAGUUACAAAGUCAAAUCUGCAGCUACGUCACAGCCAACUCUCAUGAAACUCGAAGCUUUUGUUUACUUCCGCGUUCAGUCCGGCUUCUUCCGGUGGAACACGGUUUUUGACUUCAAAAUAAAAGCUCGACACACUGCCACACCUUUGUUGCAGUGUGUCAUAUUCUUCUCAUCCUUUAAUAUAAAGACAUUAAAUCAGUCUUCAGACAUUAAGGACGUGACAGGAGGACGUUUUCAAAUCCUUCUUCUAAAGUAAACCUUCAGCUCGUUUGCUGUAAAUCUCAUAUUUUCCUUCAGAACUGUGAACAUGGAGCUAAAAUCAUUGAAUAACCUUCUAUCAACGAGUUGGGUGCAUUUUCCUGCUCUUUCCAGCAGGUGGCGAACUACAUAUUAUUGCCACAGUCCACAGUAGAAGAAGAGUGCUUGCCUUUUCUCGACGCUAAUGCUAAGAGCUCUUGUUGGACUCGUUUUCUCUCCUUUCCGCUCAUUUGUUGUUUGAUUAGCGACGUUUUGAACAAACCACAACACGGAUUCUCCGCUGAAAGAAACGAUGUUUAGAAGGAGAAUACCUUUCACACAGAUGGCGUUUGCCGUGCUGCUGGGAGUCACAGGUGGUUUUUAUAUCUACAAACCUUAUUUUGAGUCUGACACAAAGACUUCAGCUCAGCAGAACCUGAGGAGUCCAGAGAAACAGACGACGAGAGAACGAUAAAGAUAUGAUUCUUUGUCUAAAUGAACAAAUAAACAUUUGAUUAUCUAAUGAAAAUAUUGUGAUGGGAGAAAAUCACAUUCCUCUGUUCUUUCUUCUCAACGUGUGUGAUUAUGAAGUUAUACAUUUUUAUUUUCCAGUGUAUAUAACUGUGUAUUAAAAAUCCUAAAGUCCAGGUUUAACAGUCAGGCUGUGUUUUUAAAGUGUAACUAUGUAAAUGUCACACACUUUGGACAUUAUUUUCUAGAUGUAAAAUAAUUAUUAUAGCAUUGAUAAAACAACAAAUCUAAUAUUUACUUUACUGUGCAUGUAUAUUUUUAGAAUUUAAUGUUUUAUUAAUUCCCUUAGGGAAAGUAUUCCUCUGCAUUUGACCCAUCCUAGAAUUAGGAGCAGUGGGCUGCCACACUGAGUAGCAUUGGGGGUCGGGUCCCUUGCUCAGGGGUACCCCAGCCCUUUUUAGCGGCGACCCUCCGGUUACAAGCCAAGUUCCCUUUCCACUUGGCCACAG